CUUGUGUCGUUCGCAGCGAACAGACGUGCGUUAUAAAUAAAGAUUUCACGUACAUUCUGUGGGAGUGAAGUGCUUGUGUUUCGGAUUAUUAAUUAAGUGAGUUUAUAAUGCACGUCAAGAGGCGACAACGUAAGCGAAGAUCAAAACGCAGUGCGGUAAAAUGAACGUUACUGAAUAUGUAAUAUUAUCGACUUGAGACCGAAAAUGGCAUCCACAAUACGCCCGCCGGGCGAACUUUCCAGCAGAGAUUUGUUAGUUGUGCUUCUGUUCUUGUGUCAGACGAUAGUUUGUGACAGUCAGUGCCCGAAGUUCGCGGAGCGGCCUCUAGAGACGAGGGUACUAGAUGCUUCCAUAGUUUUUAGGGCAGUUGUGGUUGAAACCCACUUGCAGAGUAAGACAUUAGAUUUAGCUCUCGUAUCAAUAUACCGGGGCGGUUUGGACCUGGCAUCAGUUAGUCAGUAUUCUGGUUCACCGUACAACACUACUGAUAGGCAGAUUAACCUCAAAAUCGGCGCACAGCUGAUAGCUUGCUUUAACUGGAGUAUGGCCCCGCAAAGCGAGCUGGUAGUGUUUUCAAGAGUCAGUGACCCUAUUGAAGACCUCGAGACUACUCCACCAGAUGGGCCCUGGCUAGAGGCCACAGCAGCGGCCGUACCAUGGAGCUUAGGUGUAGAUAUCGCCAUUUGGAAUGCGGUUGGUUGGGCAGGAUGGGGCGAGUGGGGGGUGUGUAGCAAAACAUGCGGUGGGGGGAGGCAAACGCGUAGACGCUAUUGUUCCAAAGGCUUUUGUGAGGGAUUCGGAGAGCAGUGGAGAUCCUGUAACUCUUUUGAAUGUGAAGGUACAAUAAAUCCACUCGCGCCCGGUGCGAGACGGAAUUUCCACCCUGCUCAAGCAAAGUGGGGCCGAGUAGCAGAUAGACCGCAUGCCUUCAGUUUGCGGCCAAACUCCUACAUAUGGAUUGCCUCUUCAGAACUAUUUGCAGUGGGGAACGCUUUCCCGCGAGAGUUCACUUUAUUCCUCUCGUUGAGGUUGCGACCUGAGAGUGGCGGAUAUGGGCAAGGUACACUUUUCUCUCUGCGAUCACGUCGUCGUUCCGGUUCCUUUUUAUCCCUGGAGCUGGCGGGACGAGGUGCUGCAAGACUUGUACAUGCUGGAGGUGGAUCCAAGAAGACCAUCUACCUUGCUGUACCACUAUAUGACUUUAGAUGGCAUCAUAUCGCUAUCAGCGUUCACGAUGAUAACACGGUACGAGUCUACGUGGAUUGUCGCUGGCUGAGGACGGAUGUACUUGAAAAAGACGCUUUGGAUACGCCGAGGGACGCCGAUCUCAUUAUAGGCUAUCUCUUCUCGGGUGACCUAGAACAAUUAGUGCUGGUGCCAAGAGCUGGACAGGCGUAUAAGCAGUGUUCCAGUCAAGCCAACGGCAGUAUCACCCCAUAUGUCUCACUAAAUACGUAACUCUGACUGAAUUAGUAAACUUCAUUGGUCUCAUUAUAAUAACGUAUAUUUGUUCGAAAUUUAAAUUUAUGCACUUUGUUAUUAUGAGACAGGAAAAAGUUAAUA